AUGAAUGGCUACGGAUCACCCUACCUCUAUAUGGGGAGCGCCGUGUCCCAACCACGAGCACCUUUGCAGAGGACCCCCAAGUGCGCACGAUGCAGGAACCAUGGGGUGCUUUCCUGGCUGAAGGGACACAAGCGCUACUGUCGUUUCAAAGAUUGCACCUGCGAGAAAUGCAUUCUCAUCAUCGAACGACAAAGGGUCAUGGCUGCACAGGUUGCGCUGCGGAGGCAACAAGCAAACGAGAGUUUAGAGAGUCUCAUCCCGGAGUCUCUGAGAGCCCUGCCCGGCAUGUCUGUGCCCGGGGGCGCUGAGGUGAACCAGAGACCCCCGUCGCGCACCGGGGACUUAGACCUGAGAUGGACUACAGAGCAAGCAGCGAAUACCCAACUUGUCGCCGAUCUGAAUGAGGAUGUGUCUGGCGAGCAGUCUGGAGGUGAAAACGGGGGGACUUCCAGCGAGAAGGAGCAAGAUCCUAGUAGCUCCCCCGAGGGCUCCAAACCAAACUCCUGCUGCAACCAGGAGCCCCCUGACAUCCCUUCCCAGCCCGAGGAGGGAGGUUACACCCUGUCCAAAGUCUGCACCGCCGAGAGGGAGCCUAAAGGCGAGAGCCCUCCCAAGUACCCUGGAGAACCGAACCUGCUGAUCGAAGGUCUUUCUGGGUCUGUCUCCCUACCGUUCAACCUCCGAUCCAAUCGUCCCCCACUGGAGGUCCUCAAGAAGAUCUUCCCUGCUCACAAGCCCCCUGUCCUGGACCUCAUCCUCAAAGGGUGUGGAGGGGACCUGGUGGGGGCCAUUGAGGUGCUUUUGUCGAGCAGGACAUCAGACUCCAGCCGGCACCCCGACUCAGACUCUCACUCUGACACCCUCAUGCUUCCCUCCAACGGCCAUCUCUUUGAACACACCCUGGGGUCCUACCACCCCAUGUCCAGCUCUGCCAAGUGGUCGGUGGGCUCAGCGUUCCGGGUGCCCGAGUCUAUCCGCUUCUCGUCCGACUCGCCCUCCAGCAUGGUGCCCGCGGGCGCCCUGGGCAUGCCCCUGCAGCAUCCCUCCUUCCCCCAGCCGCCCCGCUACCCGCUCAUGCUGCGCAACUCGCUCACGCGCUCCCAAGCCAGCCCCUUCAUGCACAACGACGUGACGCUCUGGAACACCAUGACUCUGCAGCAGCAGUACCAGCUCCGCUCCGCCGCCCAGUACGUCUCCUCGUUUGCCCCCUCCGCCGCAGCAGCCUCUGGGGGCGGGGUGUUUCGCGGUUCCCCGGUGCUGUCGUCCCGAUCCCCGGAGGACCACCGAAUCAUCAUCCAGGAGGACGGCUGCCCGGUGGUCAACCCCAAACCCAGCAUCUACGCACCGGAGGAGGAAUACGAUGAGCGGUCCGAUUCUUCAGACUCACGGAUCUUAAACUCCUCCACCUAA